AGACUUCGCGACGACCAAAAUCCCUUUGAGAUUACAACAGACGAGCAUUUCAUUGAUUUAUAUCGGUUCCCUAAAGCUUUGUGCCUGGAAUUAAUUAAUGAAUUAAUGCCAUUUAUGCCGAACUCGCAAAGGAGACAUGCUGUUCCAAGUCAUGUAAUUAUUUUAAGCGCCCUGCGUUUUUUUGCCACUGGUAGCUUUCAAAGAAGUGUGGGGCAAGACAGUUUAUCUGCUUUAUCCCAAACAUCAGUUAGCAGAUGUGUGCAAGUGGUGGCAACUGCACUUAAUAACAUAGCCCACAGACAUAUAAAGUUCCCAAAACGCGAAGACUUCCCGGCGCUCAAAAUAAAAUUCAUGGAAAAAUACCAAUUUCCUGGAAUAAUCGGACUCAUAGACGGAACGCACAUCAAAAUAUCAGCCCCGAAGAAAGAAAUUGAGCAUGUUUACUAUUGCCGAAAGGGUGGGCACUCCAAGAACGUUAUGAUAAUAUGUGGUGCUGAUUAUAUCGUUUUGUCUGCUAGCGCGCGGUUCGGAGGUACUGCUCAUGACACAUAUGUAUGGCGUCGCUCUCGAGCUUGCAGAGCUCUGGAGGAGCUUUAUAAGGCGGGUGAGCGCGAUUUUUGGCUUCUGGGUGAUAGUGGCUACCCACUACAGCCUUGGCUGAUGACACCAAUUAGUGCGACAUCAUGUACCGCAGAAGAGCGCUACAAUAUAGCACACAAGUCAACUCGAGCUCUUGUAGAAAGAUGCAUUGGCUUACUAAAAAGCAGAUUUCGCUGUCUGUCGAAGGAAAGAGCCCUUUUCUACAGUCCACCAAAAGCAGGCCUCAUAAUCAACGCUUGCCUGGUUUUACACAACUACUUGAUUCGGGCUAGAGCGCCGUUCGAUGAAAUUUAUUUGGAAGACUCUGAUGAGCCUGAAGAAUGUGGUGGCCCUUCUUCAGCUAUUUCAACACAGAAUAUAUUAUCCAUUGCGAAAAGACAACGAUUGCAAAUUGUUCAAAAUGCUUUUACUAAUAACAUUCAAAAUUAGAUUGAAAAUAAUUCAACUUUUUAUUUUACAUUCGUAUUUUUACUUAUUUACAUAUAUUAAUAAAUAUGCAUAUGUAUAUUAUAUUUCAAAUGUUAAAUUCUUUUUAAAGGCAGUUUUUAUCACAAAAAGUUUUGUUCAUAAAUUCAUUGCAAUGAGGACCUCAUAUUUUCUUAAAGACUAAAAAAUAAAAAAUAAAUCGAAUUCUUUCAUAUUCGAUAUCUCAUAUUAGGCUCCAGAAGAAGUAUAAAAAUACACACAUAGAUUGCUAUAUUUCCA